AUGAAGUCCAGGGACGAGAAUGGGUCUGCGGAAGGCAAGUCGGACAUGGCUUUGGUCAAAAUAUUAUCACAGGAGAAGCAGAUGAAGCAUAGAUUACCCUGGUAUUAUACACCAUCUUUUCUGAUCCUGUGGGUGGCUCUAUUCUAUGCGGUGGUAUAUCCUCUCUACCAUCGACUUCCGGACAGUGUUCUAAUAGCGCAUGAGUCUACUAAACCUGGUCAAUUUGUCGCAGAGAGGGCACAGAGAUUGCUCUACAAAUACGACAAGAUCGGACCCAAGGUUGUGGGCAGUGUGGCAAAUGAGGUGACAACGGUGGCUUUUAUCGUGGAGGAAGUGGAGAACAUCCGGGCAGCAAUGCGCAGUGAUCUUUACGAACUGGAGCUGGAUGUUCAGCAGCCUUCGGGGGCUUACAUGCAUUGGCAAAUGGUGAACAUGUAUCAAGGCGUCCAGAAUGUGGUAGUGAAAAUUAGCUCCAAGAGCUCCAAUAGUUCGUCCUACCUCCUGGUCAAUAGUCACUUUGAUUCCAAGCCCAGCAGUCCCGGUUCCGGUGACGAUGGCACUAUGGUAGUGGUCAUGCUAGAGGUCCUCCGACAAGUGGCUAUCUCGGGGACUCCAUUCGAUCAUCCCAUUGUUUUCCUUUGGAAUGGAGCUGAAGAGAAUCCUCUGGAGGCGUCACAUGGCUUUAUUACCCUGCAUAAAUGGGCGGCGAAUUGCAAGGCUCUCAUAAAUCUGGAGGUGGCCGGGAGCGGAGGUCGUGAUCUGUUGUUCCAGAGCGGUCCCAAUAACCCCUGGCUCAUAAAGUACUAUUAUCAAAAUGCGAAGCAUCCGUUUGCCACCACAAUGGCCGAGGAAAUAUUUCAGUCUGGCAUUUUGCCUUCGGACACGGACUUCCGUAUCUUUCGGGACUAUGGAGGUUUGCCAGGUCUUGAUAUGGCUCAAAUCAGCAAUGGCUAUGUGUAUCACACAAUUUUCGAUAAUGUUCAGGCGGUGCCCAUGGAUUCCCUUCAAAGUUCGGGAGAGAAUGCUUUAUCUCUGGUGCAAGCUUUUGCCAAUGCUAGUGAAAUGCGCAACCCAGAGGAACACAGCGAAGGACAUGCCGUCUUUUUUGACUAUCUGGGUCUAUUUUUUAUUUACUACGCUGAAACCACUGGCAUAAUACUGAACGUUUGCAUUGCUGUUAUCAGUUUGGUUCUUGUGGGUUGCUCUCUUUUGAGGAUGGCUCGUGAAUCGGAUGCCUCUAUUGGUCAAAUAUCUAUAUGGUUUUCCAUAAUCCUCGGGCUUCAUGUGUUGGGAAUGAUCCUUAGUCUUGGAUUGCCUCUGCUGAUGGCAGUUCUUUUCGAUGCCGGGGAUCGUUCGAUGACAUAUUUCAGUAACAAUUGGCUGGUUAUUGGCCUUUUCAUCGUUCCAGCAAUUAUUGGACAGGUUCUGCCCUUGACCCUCUACUACACCCUGAUACCGAAUGAAAAAAUUAGCCAUCCCAAUCACAUUCAUAUGAGUCUUCAUGCACACUGUGUACUUCUGUCUUUAAUUGCUAUUAUCCUUACUGCUAUAAGUCUAAGGACACCUUAUCUCUGCAUGAUGUCCUUGCUGUUUUAUUCCGGUGCUGUAUUGAUUAAUCUUUUGAGCACUCUCCAUGAUCGGGGAUACUAUUGGGUAUUGAUUGUUCAGAUCCUGCAACUGAUGCCUUUCCUGUACUUCUGCUACCUUUUCUACACUUUUCUCUUGGUUUUCUUUCCCAUGCUGGGACGAUUUGGACAUGGCACUAAUCCAGAUCUCUUGGUCGCCCUAAUCUGCGCUGUGGGAACCUUCUUUGCCUUGGGUUUUGUGGCUCCUUUGAUAAAUAUGUUCCGCUGGCCCAAAUUAGCAUUGCUCGGUUUGGGAGUAGUCACCUUUAUAUUCAGCAUGAUUGCGGUUUCCGACGUGGGCUUUCCUUAUCGCGCCAAAACCAGUGUAAUGAGAAUUCACUUCUUGCAUGUUCGUCGUAUUUUCUAUGAGUACGAUGGUUCUGUGAGUCUCAGUGAUUCUGGCUACUACUUCGACUUCCAGGAUCGUCGUCUAUAUUAUCCCCUGGAGGACACCACAGUGAACCUAACUGGCCUCGUUAGCACAUCCUCUGAUUGCGAUAAGUACCUGAUGUGUGGAGUGCCCUGCUUCAAUCACCGUUGGUGUAAGACCCGCACAACGAGUCAUUGGCUACCGCGGGAGCAGGAGGUAUCCAUUCCAGGAGCAACGUCUCUGAAGCUUCUCAGCAAGACAGUCUUGGAGUCUGGGAAAGUGGCUCGAUUUGAAUUCGAAGUCUCUGGGCCUCCACACAUGAGCUUAUAUAUUCAACCUCUAGAUGGGGUGGAGGUAGAGGAUUGGUCUUUUAUUCGAAAUAUGCUGGAUGAUCCCGAAACAUAUUCUGCACCUUAUCAAAUAUUUUUCGCAUAUGGAAAUGAUAACUCUCCCUUAAAGUUUCACAUUGACUUUGCGAAAUCUUCGCAAGACUUUAGCACUCCAACUUUCCAGCUGGGAUUUGCUGCUAGCUUUGUUAGCUACGAUUACGCGCGGGACGCUGCUGGCUUGAAGUUUAUAUCCGAUUUCCCCGACUUUGCCCACGUUAUGGAAUGGCCGACUUUAUAUGAACGUUAUAUAUUUUAAGUUGGUUUAUUUAUUAUAGUUCUUGCUUAAUUUGUUUGCACCAAACAACACCUCUAUUAGCUAUAAAACUUAGACUACUACUUAAUAUUAAACGCACUACUUGGCGUAA